AAAUAAAACAAGUGACAGUCAUCAACAAACAUGGCCAUGUUUUAGGGUGUGUUUACAAACUAAUUUGUAUAUGAACAUAUUAAUUUUACACUUUUAAAUUAAAAAUGAGCAAAAUGGGAAGUAAUUUAUUAAUUUGUUGUAGUAUUUUUAUAAUUUUAUCAUCAUUCAUACCACAAGGUGAUUCAAUAAAAUGUUAUCAAUGCAGCUCCCAACAAGAUCCGAAAGAUAAAAGUGAAGAUAAUUGUGGUGCAUAUAAAAAAUUUGAUAAAGCCCAACAAAUUCCCAUUGAAUGUAAUAAUGAAGAAUCUCAUAUGCCAGGAACAUUUUGUAUGAAAGUGACUCAACAAGGUCCCAAAGGGUUUAUUUGGGAUGGCAGAUGGCGUCAAGUAAUUCGACGAUGUGCAUCCGUUGCGGAUACAGGUGUAACAGGUGUUUGUAAUUGGGGUGUAUAUGAAAAUGGUGAUUAUUGGGAAGAAUGUUAUUGUUCACAAGAUGGUUGUAAUGGAGCAUAUUCUAAUAUGAAUAUUCCCAUCAAACUAACCGUUAUAUGCUUUUUAAUGGCAAUUGCAUCGAAAUUUCUUUUUUAAGUUUUACACUUGUUAUUAAAUUCGAGUUAAUGUUAAAUUAUAAUAAGAUACAUUAAUUUUUAGAAACAAAAGACAAGUUAGAAUCUCUCUAAAUGUGUUCGAAUCCGUAUUAAUAAACGUUAAGUGUAAAGUGAAAUAUUUUAUAGUUUUGUUGAAUCAAGUUUUUAUAGAAUCUCAUCUUAAAAUUAACCGCUAUAAGAUUUUUUUAUCAACGUUGUGUCUUAUUAGUAAUAGACGAGGUGGAAGAAUUUUUCAAAUUGGUUCGAAUCCGUAUGAAUUCACGUAAAAUUUUUAUGGAAUCUCUUAAAAUUAAGUAUUUUUUAAAUUAUAUUUUUAUUUUAUUAUUAUCAAAAAUGUGACUUAUUGUACAAAGAAUCCGUCCAC